AUGGCAAAUUCCAUAGAUGCUGCAUUCCGUUCAUCUGUAACUAAUGAAUGUUACAUCUUUGUGAAAGAUAAGUAUGUGGUUGUGAAUUAUGCUCCUGGAGGCAAAAAGAAAGAUAUAAUUAGUGGUCCAACAAGUAUUGCUGAUGGGUUUCCAAUGUUUGCACGAACCUUAUUUCAAUAUCAAAUAGAUUGUUCAUUUGACAUCGGAAACAAUGUGACAUACUUCUUUGCUGGAGAUCAAUGUGCAAAAACAGCGUAUACUCCACACUCACCAGCAAAAGCCAGAAUACUUGAAGGUCCUAGUCCAAUCAUUAAAAUGUUUCCUUGCCUCAAGGGAACCAUAUUUGAAGAUGGAAUAGACGCUACAAUGAGGACCUUCAAUCCAGCAUAUGUUUACUUAUUCAAAGGAGAUAAGAUGGGUACUUUAAUGUUUGGAAACAAUACUAUCGAAAACAUAUACAAGAUUUGCGAACGCUACUAUUUCCAACCAUUUCUUGGUACUGUUUUUGAACAAGGUAUAGACGCAGCUUUUAAUUCUAACAUUAAUAAUGAAGUUUACAUCUUCAAAGGACGAUACUAUGCACGUUAUGACAUGUUGAAGCGCGAGUAUAUAAAUGGUAUCAUAAAGCUAAUCGGUGAUGAUUGGCUCGCUCUUCAAGGCAUAUUAUAA